UGAGGCGUGGGGCCCUCGUCUGAGCCGGCUGAGCCAUCUGUGGGUACCCGCUUGGUGGCACAAUGUUUUCAGUUCUAUUCGCGCUUUCGUAACGAUGAGGUCGUACUUUCUUCGAGCCAUCGGUGGAAAUUGUCGGUACUUCGCGAUGGAAAAUCGUUUAUAGUGCCUACUGCCUUCGGAAGGGGAACGCGAGAGCGAUCCAGUAUUAUUGCUAGUGUAGUUCAAGUUUCAUUACCAUAAGGGCCAAUAAUUGGCAUUGCUUUUGCCGUCUUUUUUUUUAAUAGUGAUUAUAAAACGUUUUUAUUACCAAUAUCGCGAAAUGAGUUCAAUGGUGCGACUGUUACUAAUUCUAUCUCUGCUAACAGAGACGUGGUGCCUAUUUACUCCCGGCGGUGUUUUUGACCUGAACUUCUUCAGAUGCAUGUGGAAGAAAGACUACGACUGCCCACAUGAGGAUAUUCGAUUUUUUCUCUACACACCCACCUGUAGACGAGGCAGAAUUGUGGACAUGAAUCGACCAAAGACAUUUUUCAGAGCUGGCUUCCGACCACAUCGCGAGACGGCGAUAAUCAUUCACGGUUUCAACGGGACCCAAACGAGUCGGCACAUUAUGUUUCUGAAGGAUGCGUACCUCUCGCGCAAGUACAACGUGUUCGCCGUGGAUUGGGAGCGGAUCUCGCAGUACCCGUGCUACCUCUCGUCGCUGUCCAACACCAAACUAGUCUCACAAUGUACGGCCCAGCUGUACUCUUUCAUUACCUUUACCGGGAGCCUCAGCAAGCAGAUCACGUGCGUAGGGCAUUCACUCGGUGCCCACAUUUGCGGCAUGAUGUCCCAUCACCUAACGAAACGACAGUACAAAAUCAUAGGUUUAGAUCCAGCCCGACCGCUGAUAGAGAAGCACGCGUCGAAUCGCUUCCGGCUGACGAAAGAUGACGCCAAGGUGGUGCAGAUCAUUCACACCAACGCCGGUUUCCUGGGGCAGAGUUCCUUUACCGGUACGAUCGAUUUCUGCAUCAACGGUGGCCAAACUCAACCGUACUGCUCGGGCGACUCCAUUAAACGUGCCCGUUGCAGUCACUUCCUGAGCGUGUGCUACUUAGCCAAUGCAGUAUUAUCCGGAGAACCGACGGUGGCGUUUCCGUGCCCUACGGGGUGCGUCCGAAACAAUCGGAUACCAUUUGCACCCUUACGUUACUCAAGUCGAAUACGAGGUAGGAUGAAAUAUUAUCACAUCGGGGAGGAUACACCGGAAGAAGCUACCGGUGGAUAUUGUGUUCAUAUGGAUCAAGCCAUGAAUUGUCCAUACAACUGAAACUGUCGAAGCGAGUUUUGUUACCAGUUUGUAAAUACGAAUGUAAAAAUGUGAUAUAAAUAGAUAUAAGUAUAUUAGGUAGAAAAUAAAUAGUAUUUAUGAAGACUUUUUAAAUUCUGUUUAGUUUGACUUGAUUCAUUUCAUAAUUUUUCAUAUUUUCAUAGUAUAUGAUCUUAAAAUUCCGUGAGGACACACAGUAAUGCAAAUGUACUUUUACAAUAUGUACCGUAUUUGGUAUUAACGCAAAAAGCAUGAUCCUAGAUGAAAUCACCCACCUUUCUCUCAUGAAUACUCUCCGAAUUUUCUAGACGUCCGGAUGUUUUCAAACGUGACAUCCAUAUUGAUAUUUCCACUCAUUCAGUCUACGACAUUCAGAAAGCAUCAUCCAAACUACCGCAACCAUCAUCGAACCAACAUCGCGGUUCGCAAGAUGUUGGCCAUCAACACCGCCGGUGGGAGAAAUUGAAACCAACCACAUGCCAAUCGGUAUGCCGUGCGUAAUGCGUGAUUUGAAUAUCAAUAUUCGCCUUGACUUGAAUUUUGCUGUGGUGAUGGAUUACCUUGUUCAGUCACCCUCUUCAAGUAACAACAAGAAAAGAAUCCACAAUGUUGUCUUCUAGCACACCACCACCGACCGCCGCGCCGGUGAGGAAAAACUAUAUGUUAUAAUUUAUCCAACGCACCCACUAAUGAAGGGUAGAGAGAUUUACAAGGUGCUUACCACCGGCGGUGGCUUCAAAACCCAGAACUAAACAUUUGCGCACGCCCUGGCUGGCCGUUUCAGCGAGCCCGGUGGUUCGACAGACACCUGCGCGUACGAUGUGUGAUCGAUGCUUGGCAAGUGUGCUAGAUAAUGUGGCAGUUGACCGUUAGGUCCGUUGAUUUACAGUUCCGUUUCCGUUGAUGAUAAUUUCAAAAAGUUCGUGAAAGACGGAUUGUCCAUAUUUUUAUCGAAAGUUUUGGAGACCACCAAUAGUUUCCCUAUAGCAUUUUUUCUGAUUCAGCUCGUUGAGGGAAAUGCUAGAAAAGAUCGCUACAUUGGUUCCAUUGAACGAUAGAGGAAACGAUGUGCACUAACAUGUAUCUGGUAAUUUUCUUCAGCUAUUUUCAUUACGACACUGAAACUGCCAUACAGCAGGGUGAUUCAAUGUCACUAUUCGCACACGCAUACAAAGCUGCUGCAUUUUUCUGAUUCUAUUUCCACGACUCAGGAAGCACACACCUAAUGCUGAAUGGGAACUAGAACUGAGCAUGAAACAUCGGAUUGAUCCGUGUUGGUUUAUGAAUGAGUGAAUUCCAUUUGAUUGCAGUUAUAUUGUUUGUUGUGGGUAUGAUGAUGCAAAUUUUAUUACUAUUUCCUCUGUUCUCAGCUAAGGCAGGCUUUUUGGUUUACACAGGCAGUUUCUUCUAAUAAGUCACAUCUAGUUAUGGCAAUGAUUGAUCAUUAUGUAAUGCACACAUUGUCUGACAAUCUGACCAUUGUUAUAGUAGUGCAUAGAGCAGGAAAAAUUUGUGUCCCUAAUAAUAUCUUCACACGAGCAGUAGAAAAUGUGGUUCUGAUUAACUUUAUCGAAGACACCAAGUUCGUAAGUCCGUUACUUUUCACGACACUUUUCGUUUUUGCC